AUGGGGAGCCCCGGCCCACAGCCCCCCCGGCCCCGACGCCCCCCCGCCGCGCGCCCACUGCUGCUGCUGCUGCUCGCCGCCGCCGCGCUGCUCCCCACAGGUGACGGUCAGAACUUGUUUACAGAAAAUGUGACCGUGGUAGAGGGAGACGUCGCCACCAUCAACUGCAGAGUCAAAAACAGCGACGAUUCCGUGAUUCAGCUAUUGAAUCCUAACAGACAGACGAUUUAUUUCAAAGACUUCAGACCUUUGAAGGACAGCAGGUUUCAGUUGGUGAAUUUCUCUAACAGCGAACUCAGAGUGUCACUGACAAAUGUCUCUAUUUCGGACGAAGGAAGAUACUUUUGUCAACUCUACACGGAUCCCCCCCAGGAAAUCUUCAUGACGAUCACGGUGCUGGUCCCGCCACGUAAUUUGGUGAUUGACAUCCAGAAGGACACAGCAGUGGAAGGAGAAGAGAUCGAGCUGAACUGCACGGCCAUGGCCAGCCGGCCUGCCACGACAAUCAAGUGGUACAAAGGCAGCACGGAGCUAACCGACGGGAAAUCAGAAGUGGAGCAGUGGUCAGACAUGUACACAGUGACCAGCCAGAUUUCCUUAACGGUCAGGCGGGAGGACGACGGGGUUCCCGUCGUCUGUGAGGUGGACCACCCUGCUGUCAAAGACCUGCAGACCAAGCGCUACCUAGAUGUAAUGUAUAAGCCUCAAAUCCGAGUGUCACAGAUUUUACCAACAUCUGGGCCAACGAGGGAAGGAGAUCUAUUGGACCUUCUGUGCCAAGUUGAAGGGAAACCAGAGCCGACAGACACGACGUGGUUCAGAGUUGACGAUGAGAUGCCUCCGCACGUUAUAGUGUCGGGCUCCAACCUUCACAUUAGCAGCCUCAACAAAAGCGACAACGGCACCUACCGCUGCGAGGCGUCCAACGAAGUGGGGAAGGCCUUUGUCGAUUACAUGCUUUAUGUCUAUGAUCCCCUCACAACUCUCCCUCCACCCACAACAACCACCAUCAUGCCCUCCACCACCACCGCCACAGACACAACGGCGACGACAGAACCGGCAGUUCACGGCUUUACUCAGUUGCCCAAUUCUGCCGAGGAGCUGGACUAUGGGGACCUUUCAGAUUCUCGAGCGGGGGAGGAGAGCCCAAUCACAGCAGUAGACCACGCAGUGAUCGGCGGUGUUGUGGCCGUGGUGGUCUUCGCCAUGCUCUGUCUUCUUAUCAUUUUGGGACGAUACUUUGCAAGACACAAAGGCACGUACUUCACUCAUGAAGCCAAAGGAGCUGACGAUGCGGCCGACGCAGACACAGCGAUCAUCAAUGCCGAGGGAGGCCAGAACAACUCGGAAGAGAAGAAGGAGUACUUCAUCUAGAUCCGCCAUGGUUUCCAUGAGGUGUCCAACUGCGGACAGUCACUGGCCCCGCGUGUAGAAGAUCAAGACAGUGAUGUUGGAAGUUGCUACCAGCUUACGGCAUUUUGCUUUGUCUCUGUCUUUUUCUUUCUUUCUUUCCCCCUUCCAGUACUGUUUUAUUUUAUUUUUUGGAUGAACGGAUGGAUGGAUGGAUGGAUGGAGAAAUGUGUGGUACUGUGUGAGAGUCCAGGAAUUCCUAUGUGAAAGUGUUCUUUGUAAAGUACACUCUGCUGUUCGACACCUCAAUUUAUUUGGGUUUUUAAUUCUCUGGCCAAGUUCAACUUGGAUUUAGUUUAGUUCCAUCAUUUGCAGAAAAUUCUGUGCCUUGUUUUAUUUCUUGUUUCAUGGGGA